AUGGAGCAAAUCACAGCAUCUCAGACUAUAAUUCCAGACGAUCAGCUAGAGAUAUUAAAUCGGCCUGAAUCUUGGUAUCCAUACGAAAAUAGGCACCAUGUCUCCGGUUACGAUUUCGUCUCCAAAGAUCAACUUGUGCCAAAAUCACAUCCACCGCGUAAAUCAAAUAUUCAAGUUAUUGUGCCCCCCGUUAGAUCUCCAGUCUCUUCCCCCGGCAGUACAGAAGUUUCAUGGCCGUCUAGUCCUGUAAAGUCCCCCUUGAGAGGUAUGAACGCGGUACCACCCGAUAGCAGUUUUCGUUCUGGUAUCCAAUCUCCGCUUGCUGGAAGGUCGAAUAAGAAAGCGAAUUCUGCGGAUGCCCAAGUGAGAAGCAACAAUGGUAGUUUCAACCAACCUAGCCAAGUAUCCGUACAAGGAGUCGAGGGAGAACAUGUAACCCCAUCUACUCAACAGCCCGACGAAACAUAUGAAAAGUACGAGUUUAAGGCCAAACGCGUCACACGCGCAGCAAAUGGAAUCUCGAAAAAGACACCGGUAGAUCCGAAUAAUGUGGAACCCUCAAGAAUGGCAAAAGCCAGUAAGAAACAGAAGUUGGCGGCAGUUCGGAAGCAGCGCCCUCGUCGUGAGUAUCGCUCAGAAGAAGAUGAAAAUUAUCUCUCUUCGGGAGAUGAGAAUAUUAAUGAACUCAUCAACCACCCCAACCUUCCGGUUGGCGUGGUGGACCCAAAUGGACGGACACGGGUCGCGGUGUUUGGUGGUAUUUUAAAGGCUCAGCAGGUGGAUUUGUGGGAACAGAAUGGAAAGCAGCCACAGAAACGCCAGGAUGAAGAUGAGAAUGAGGAUGCACAAAGUGACACUGAUUAUGAUGAUGAUGGCGGCUUUGAUGAUGAAGCCUGGGACAAACAGCUGGGAUCAGAAGAUGAAGAGAACAAGGUAACUGAGGUGCCUACAAAGGAGGUGGUAGGAGCCAUUGUUUCAAAAUCAUUCAGCCCGAGCCCAGAAGCCAAGCAAACAGAAAUCCAACAGCACAACGAACAUAUUGCUCCUGCACAAAAUGCUACACCAGAUAGUCUUUUAGCGGAUCAUCCUAUACUAAGCCAACACCCUAUAACUGACGAACCCCUUCCUUUAUCACAGCACACUGGCAUGCUUCUCUCAGACGGAGAAAACGACAAAAUCCCAGAAUCCUUACCCGGAUCAUCAAUUGAGUUACCCAUGGCCGAACAUUUGGGUGACCAUACAGAUGAAAAUGAGGAAGAGGAUGAGAUUCCUCAGGCUCCGCUAAUGCCGCUAAACCCGGCACUAAACUGUACAGCGAAGGCUCUAGAUAACUUGGACCUGCAAUACCCGCGCUCCGGCAUCCUACAUACGGGACCAGCGGAGACACCCAAACGAAAUGAUGCUUCACAGGUCGCAGAUGGUGCCGGGAUCAUGAUGGAGCCCAAGGGUAACAAGACAAUGACUGUAGGUGACAAUCUUAGCACAGUUCUAGAUUCAGUCGCCCCAGAAGCGAUCAACGUCUCCAAAAGCCAGAAAUAUGACGAAGGUGUUACCCCCGCCCUACCUUCGUCAUCCAUCAACAGCACUCCUCCAUCAAUUCAAGUUGAAGAGACACCGUACAAAAAGGGAGUCGGCAUUUUGGGCAAAGACUUGAGUCCUACAAUUGCAAAAUCAAAGUCACGUAUUGAUUCUGUAUGCGCAAAUGAAGGACUUAAUCUAACGCUUAUACCGGGGACAAACAUGGAAGAACCACAUAUUUCUCAAGAGCUUCGGAGUCCAAUAGUUCAAAGUUCCCCAACUUCUAGGCCUGUAACUAUUCCUGAAAGACAGAUAUCAUCACAAGAUCUUCUCUGGCCCUCCGUAAAACCAAAAGAUCCCAAAAAAGGUUUCCCCGACGACCUUGCUAGAUCUCAAGAGCAACUAAUACGCGAGGCCCAAGAGCACCAAAAGAUCGAGGUGCCUGCUACGUCGGAGGAAAACCAGACUAGAAUAGAAGAUGGCAUUCGGUCACACUCUGCUGCAGCUCGACAAGUUCCCAGGUCCGGCCCGAGGAAGGCGAGAAAAGUUCUCAAAGUGGUUGAUUUCGGGACCCAAGAAAUCCGUGCAGUGGCUAAUACCCGUAGUGUCACGGAUAUGCUUGAAAAACAGAAGAAGGAAUUCAUGGGUUACAAACAGUUUCCCAACAUUGCUGGUAUGACCGGGCGGGAAAAUUCUUCAAUGCACGAACGCCCAGUUGUGAAACCUGAGGUCAAAGCUCCUGAGAACAAUACUUUGUCAAAUCCCGAUGAUCAAAGUCCUGCAACACCAUAUCAUUCGUCUAGACCUAAUGAUGAGGAAAUGGCUUCAGGUAUCGACCAGUUAAAUAUCCGCAAGCGCACUCAAUCAUCACCCUCCAAAAAGGUUAUUGCAGCCAAGAAACCACGUAUUGAUCCAUAUAAAGACAAUUUUGCCCCGACUCUACCUCCUUUUAAAAAGCAGAGAAACUUCAAGGCCCCAGCAAGCCCUCUAACUGAGUCGUCGUCAAAAUCAAGGAUGAAGGUUCCCGGGAAGGGGGACUUGGAGGAAGAGAGAAAAGAGAAAGGGGAUUCCGAGGAAGAGGAUUUUACGAUGGAGGACUACAUGAAGGAAGACUCUGUUAAAAGGGAUUUUGAGGAGAAAGACCUCGAAGAGAGCUUUGAGCUUAGCAACGAUGAUCCUAUGGCCGGCUUCCCAGAUAUCGUUCUCAGCGAUGAUGAUGACGAGCCUAUGGCAAUGGCCCCGGAAAUUAUCGACCUGAUAUCUGACAAUGAAGAAUCGGAGUCACCUGAGCCAUCUCCACCCAAAUCAAAGCCAGAACUUUACGCCGGUCUUCGCGUGCGAGAUAUCUAUGUUCCGGGUUACGAGGAGCUCACCGCGGACCAGAAAAACGACCUUGACAGGAGAAGGAAGGAGUACUUUGGGGUAAAGACUUCCUCCGAGAGAUUGUUCUCGGCGGAGACUCAACGCGCUAUGACAAAGGCCAAUCUCGAGGAAAGGGAAAGCAAAAAGGAGAACAAAGGCUCAGCGGAAAGCCAAGGGAAUGAGUGGUACCGCGAUAAAGAUACGCCGAUGAAGAAGUUCUUUAGGCACUUCCAGGAGCUGGAGAAGUCGAAAAUGAAGAAGGCAGAGUUGAAUAAGCCGGACGAAGAGUAA